UCAGGUUACUUGUAUAUAUUUGUGUGUGAGGAUUGAUCUAUGCUUGUUUGUAUUUUGUAGAUCUAGUUCCUUCCCCUCUUGGUGGGCUAUGUAUCUCGAUAUCCCCUCCCCACUUUCUGAUUUUGCUCUCCAUCUGAUUCCCUGCUUUCUUUCAGCCUUGAUUGCACUGACCACCAAUUAUUCUCUGCCUUAGCUUGCUUCAAUCUACCACUCUUUCGGGUAGCUCUGCUAGUUAGCUCGAUCGAAGCAAUCACCAAAGUGAUAAAUCCCUCCACCAGUUUCAUUCAGUUUCAUUCAAUCCGAUUCCCCAACCCUUCCCUAGGACAAAUCGAUUAUAAAUCUCGACAUGGCUCCCUCCAAUCCGGCGAGUAUUUCUCGGGUAAAACCUUCAGGCUUGAGCUUUGCAAGCGAAAAAUUGAAACCGUUGACUCAACUAAGUUCUCCCUCAGAAGCUCUCUUUCGGUCGGACAUCGCUGGCCAUCCCAUUGAUAAGGCUCUCUCAAGUGCCCAUCUCACUCAGUCCGACCAUUCUCGGCGAGGCAGUAUGAGUUCCCAGAGCCAUCAUAGCUCUAACGCCCCCCACACUCCCCUUCAUCAUCUUCAUGGGCUACCUACCACUCAGACCAGUAUGCCUAAGCUUACACUUGGAAACAGGCCGAGGUAUAAUGAAGGCGUCCAUCAUAAGGAAGUGACACCAAAUGGACCUCACCCUUACGACCUUAUUCUUCCUGGCGAAGAAACUCACAAGAUCCCAGUUAGAACUCGAGCCUUGUCGGCAGCGACCGCGCCGGCCACUUCAGUUGCUUCAGAUAAUCGAAGCAAGAGUUUCCGUGUUGGAGCUCGUCGCUUCACUCAAAGUGGACAUGCUUCUGUGCACUUCGAUCCACUCACCAGGACAAACAAUCGUUCAUCUUUUCAUGGUAGAAGAUAUUCUAAUGCCGUCCGAGAGCCCUCUGCGGCUGCUGCCUCGAUAACCUCCAGUAACGCCGGGGACGCAUUUGAAGAAGAUGAUCAUGCUCGAGAUCCCAGGAAGCUCGCUAAGCACGAUACUCAGAUGCUACUCAUUAGCUUCAACUCGCUUUUGGGCAGAGAUGGUGGCGGUAGAGCGGUUGAAAAACUGAUUGCCUUCGUACUUCGAGGCGGGUUGAGUCAAGUUUUGCAAGAGGUCACUGGGCUGGUCAAACAAGUGCUUCAAGGCGUGUCGACUCUGCAAGCUGCAUAUGUUAGCGUUUACAUGCAUGAGAUCACAGAGCAAAUACAAAAGAUUGGGGGGCUGCUAUUUGUGGAACCUGAGUUAUUAUCCAUGUUUGAUAGCUUCUCCAGCAGAUUUCGAGCACAUGCGGCGCCGAACUCGACUGGUUUGCAGUCUGUGUCUUUGAGCAACAUCUGGGAGAUCCUUGUUGACAAGUUUACCAACUCGCCUGUUUAUCAAUCUGCCCUUUUGAAACUCAUCGAGACUUUCUCCAAGCUGGUCCUGUCCUCCGAACAACUGCGAGAUGGCUUGUGGACCUCGUUCUCUCAAGCCUUUUCUCAAGCUCAACGCUCCCAGUCUGAUCCCGCUACCGCCAAUAUUGCUACCUGUCUCAGUUUGCUCUUCGCGGCUGUUGAGCAACUUACCGGUUGCUCUAUUAGGCCCUUUGUGAAGCACUUCAUAUCCUGGCUUGCGAUUGUGGAUGAUUUACUCACCAAGUUGGCUACAGAAACGUCCGACAUCUUGAAUCACCCAUUAUCUCUUCCGAUUGUUCUGCCGACUGACUACACCACUCAUCCCUUUGGAUACGUCUAUUCGCCGACGGAAUCUUGCGCAAAACUAGACGCCGUGAUCCAAAAAUGGCUUUCAGUCUUUGGAGAAGAUCCUGUGCACCAAGAUGCAUUUGAGCAUUUUAAGCGCUGCUUCGAUAAUGUUACCUCCGGGAUAAUGGGCAACAGCACGUUUGCUCGCUUCUCUCGUGAUCUUGUUCGAGUCUGGAGGGGUAUCAUGGGGCAUCCAAGUGAAGGAAUCGCCGGCACAGGACUCGAGGGCGGUAUGGAGUGCUUAAAAAACCUCGCCUCCCAUUUUAUCGAAAUUCCAGUAGACAACCUCACCACACGACACCAAGGUUUUGAUCUCACUCUCGACGGUUUUAAAUUAUGCGUCUUGGAUGCACUUCCUUACGAGAUCAGUUUUAGCACGCACUGUCGUCUGUUCCCAUCUAAUUGCAGUUUUCAAAAUAGCACUCGAUUAGAAUUGAAAGACUUACAGCUUGGUUUGAAGAAUGCCUGUCCAGUUCAUCUAAAGGACGGUACCUCUGGUUCGAGCUGGCAAAGCACCGCAAAGAUCCAUACCAAGUUGAAUAUAAGCAUCGAUUUUAUCCCACAGGACAACACGCUUCCCAAGAUGUUAACGUCAUUACCUUAUUAUGGAGGUUCUCUAGUCAAAGUCUCGACGUCUGAUAUCAGUCUAUCCGGGGCCACAGACUUGAAAGUGCCCGAUACAUUAUGGUUGGAGCUUAAAGACCAGAUGCGUGGAAUCCUCGAAAUAGCUGUUCAAGGUUACGUCGAUUCCUUUUUCAAGACCUGGUUUGCCGUACAACCAAGGGCUGCUACGGACCUUCCAGUUGAAGUACCUCCCCCCAAGUCAGCCGGCGCCCAAUCUAUCCAUUCCAUCCCGAGUUAUUCACCUAAAUUACUUGAGACACAUGGCAAUGCACGAGAUCGAUUCAAGGCUUCCAUUCGCAAUUUGACUGGGAUCAAGACCGGGACUGUCUUGACUCAACUUCAAAAUCCACUUUCUGGAGCCGGGUCGCCGUUGAUAAGUCCUUCAGCCGAAGAAGCUCCUGGAUCGAAGUCCAAACGACGCCAAUCGAUGGCUGAUUACUUGACCGAUAUCUCCAAGGCAGACAGUACGCUUCCCGAAAAUAUCCAGCGUCCGCCUGUAGCAGAAUCUCACCGUCCUAACAAUAAUUCAGCGAGUUUGCCAAACGUCUUUGACGAAGAUGAAGAAGAUGCACCUGCAGAAUUUGAAACCAUGGCCCGAAGCUUAUCGUUCUCUACUCGUGGAGACAGCACUUGUGUCGAUAAGAUAAUUCGCCCGCUUGUUUCUGCCAAGGCGGACGUCAAUUCGGUUUUCUCACAUCGCGGAGCCUUGCCGAAUUUCCCCAUGGUAGAAAUGUCUUAUGAGGCUUACCAAAGAGCGGAGGCAUCCCUGGACGAAAAAUCGAAUACACCUACUAUGGAGAUCGGUGGGCAGGAGAUACCUUCGAUGGCUCAAAGCUUGUCUGAAUUGGCCACUCGUGACACCACGACCGAAGAAGCAAUCGCUCAUCCUCCAGCUGUGGAGGACUCCCAUCAAGGGCAGAGCUACGUAGAACCAGGCGGUAAUCUGACCAUGGACCAAAUUACCAGGCACUUGAGUGGCUUGACUGAUUUGCCUGUCCAAGACGCGGAUGUUACGCCUCAACAACGGAUUCUUAGACGCAAUGUAACUCCACCUGGGCUACCAUCCAAAAUGGUAAUGGCUAACGUAUUGACCGACUCGGCGAUGGAAGAUAAUACUCUUCCUGAAAACCAAGCCACCGGCCAUCUUUCAGGCCCGGUUGAUGCGGCUGGCGUUCCUACCAGCAACAAUGUCACUUCUCUAUCUGAGAGUGAGACUUUUGCGAUGAGGAACAAACUUUCUACGAUGGCCGCGACUGAUAUGACCCUGUCCAGCAACAUCGCCUUGCCACCUGGGACUCAACACGUCUAUCGAGGACCGCCGACUAACGGCUAUACCGGAUUGAAAGUGUUGAGAUCGAUGAGUACGACGUUAAACGAUGCGAUCGAGAAAGAUUACACGACUCCGGAAGGGCAAGCAGAGCUCUAUCGCACCAAUCAUUCUCAAGGUGAUCAAGUGGUCGGAUUGACUGAGAAAGAAAUGAAACAAAGAAGGCAAUCCUUCAAGCUUACCGAGGAAGCUAUGAAAGACAUGACACUGAUCGAAAGUAUUCGAAACCCACCAAUGGUGGCCAAGUCGAUACCGCCUGUGUAAACUCUUGGAUCCAUGUCUGAUCCGCCAUGUAGACUAGCUAGCUAAAACGACCGUCAGAGUGUUAUAGUUUUUCUUUCUCUCUUUCCCCCUUUCAUUGCCACACAGUCCAAUUCACCAGUCGUAUCACAGACUUCUUUUCUUUUUUACUUCAAAACAAAAACUGGUGUUUGUGAACCAAAAAAAGUAUCAUUUUCUCUUAACUCUUGUAAGCCUCGAAAAGUCAACUUGUGAAUCAUAUAUACAAGGACAACGAUAUACAAAAGAUGCAUCACUCUGCCAAGCCCCGAGAAAAAAGAAGAACAAUGUCUCCAUCAUGUACUCUCCUCUCAUUAUCCCAUCUUGUUAUUUUUCUUAUCUACGAAUUGUUUUUUAUUAUUGCAAACGACCGGUGUUGAAAUGAAAUGCAAUUGAAGGUGUUUGUAUUUUUGGUUGCGCAUACUAAACACUAUGCUCAAUUGUCAGCC